AUGAAAGCAUCAAUCUGCAAGGAUGAGUUUGAGCUCAAAUGGGAAGGGGGAAUCGAGGAAGGGCAAAGUUUACUAUACCAAUGCCAAGAAGAUGGUUUGCUAGUGCUACCCAUGAUAGAUGUGAUGCAACGCCUGGGCAUAGACUACCAUUUCCAAGAGCUUAUCGAGGCAAUUUUGCAUCGACAAUAUCACAAAACCAAAUUUCUUUUUGAUGAAACUGCUGAUCUUCACGAUAUUUCACUUCGCUUUAGAUUAUUUAGGCAAGAAGGUUACCCUAUCUCCUCAGAUGUUUUCACCAAGUUCACUGAUGAAGAAGGGAAGUUUAAGGAAGAGCUAAUAAGCAAAGAUAUUAAGGGGUUGAUGGCGUUGCAUGAAGCAUCUCAUCUUGCCAUACAAGGAGAAGAUAUUCUUGAAGAAGCUGAAAGGUUUAGUAGAGAGUCUUUGAUGGCAAACAUGACCUGUCUUGAUGAUUGUCAAGCCAUCUUAGUUCAGAAAACAUUGCAAUAUCCCCAUCAUAAGAGCUUGCCCAGGUUCACAGCCAAAACCAUUAUUGAAAAUAUGAGAUUUGAAAAUGCAUGGGAAGCUAGCUUGGUAAAUUUGGCAACUAUGGAAUAUAGCAUAACCCAAUCACUUUAUCAAGAAGAAUUUCGCCAAAUUCUCCUGUGA